AUCUCCCAGGGGUUUAAAGGGGAAAAGGCAAGUCUUACAUUCGGUAUAAACAAUCAGAUCUGAGACAUUAUUACUGGAGUAUCAGGCAGCAAUCACUGGAAACACACGCAUACUGUUUGGGACACACACGGGGAGUGGGAGCAAUAAGUCUCCAUAGCUUUUGCCUAAUGUAAUCCUUUAAUCUCCAGAAGGAACACGCAGCAGAGGAAAAGGACGGAGACAGAGUGUGAUUCCUGUGUUGAAAGCUGCAGAAGCAGGACUGAGACGCGGCAGAGUGUGAGGCUUGCAGAACUGUCCCCUGGACUGAGCAAGAAUGCUGUUAAUGAACCGCGGAGCUGGUCCGCAGCACAGAGCAAGCCCGUCUGUACCAUGUAGAAUACUGCUGGAACAGUGGAAUGUUUUACGCCUCCUGAACGCAUAAAUUGUUUACUUGAAAAGAAAGAAGAACAUUUAAUAUAAAGUUUCAAAGGAUGCAAUAUGAAGAGGAUUAAAACCUAAUUUAAGGUAAAUUGCAAAGCUCUCCAUUCUGUCUGUUGACUGGUUCUAUUUGUCAUAUGAAGGUUUCCAAAUAAGUCUUUGGAUCCAAAUGUCAAGUCCAAAGGAGGCAACUUCUGUCAGGGAUCAGCAGUGUGUGACGAGGGAGCGAGUGCAAGAGAGGGAGUCCUGCAUGAUAAACCUGCUGAGUAUUUCCGAUGUCUCUCUGUGCUGCUUGAUUUUAAAUUGGCCCUUGCCUGGCUGAAAGCAAAAUGUGAUGAGCUGUGCUAUCAUCUGAUAUCCAAGCAUGGAUGGAGGCAGUCAGAAGAGCGCCGCAAGUUAAUGAGACCAUUGCUCUUGUAUUGGGAGUUUAGGACAAGCAAUUAUAGAAGGAUUACCCUGACUUCUUCCAUAAAGCAAACCUGCCAGAGAAGUAAGCAUCAGCGAGAACUGUUAAAGACAUUCUGUUUAGUGGAUUUCUUUUUUUUUUUAUUCUUUUAACUUUUUUUUGUAUUUGCAAAAAUAAAAUUAAGAAAUCCCUCCAUCUUAAAGAGAUGGAGUUACAGACUCGACUAUGGAAUAAAGACUGGGCACCAUUUUUAAAAUCCUGGAUAACCAUAUUACUGGGCCUCCAUGUGCAGUUUUAUAGGGCUGCUUCUUGUCCGGAGCAAUGCCGCUGCGAUAAAGGUUUCAUUUACUGCAACGAGCGGAGCUUGACAUCAGUGCCUCAUGGAAUACAGGAGGGUUACAAGACUCUCUAUCUCCACAACAACCAAAUCAACAAUGCUGGAUUCCCGGUUGAGCUGCACAAUAUUGUUUCUGUGGAAACAGUAUUCCUAUAUGGUAACCAAUUGGAUGAGUUUCCUUUAAACCUUCCCAAAAAUGUGCGUGUGCUCCACCUACAGGAGAAUAAUAUUCAAACUGUCUCCCGGGCAGCUCUGGCUCAACUGUCUAAACUACAAGAGUUGCACUUGGAUGAUAACUCCAUCUCUACAGUUGGAAUUGAGGAGGCUGCCUUCAGGGAAGCCAUUAGCCUUAAACUCUUAUUUUUGACAAAAAACCACUUAAGCAGUGUGCCAAUUGGGCUACCACUGGACCUCAAAGAGCUCCGGCUUGAUGAAAACCGAAUUGCCACCAUCGCUAAGGAAGCAUUCAUGAAUGUCACGCAACUUGAACGCUUAAUUCUAGAUGGGAAUCUUCUGACUAAUGAGGGGAUUGCAGAUGGGACCUUUCAGCAUUUGGUAAAGCUGACAGAGCUCUCCAUGUCUCGUAACUCACUAACCAGUCCUCCAUCUGACUUCCCUGGAGACUUUUUAGUCAAACUCAGCUUGCAGGAUAAUCAAAUGAGUGAGAUACCUGUGGCAGCCUUUUCCAAUCUGUGCCACCUACAGAAACUGGAUAUUUCAAACAACCAGCUGCAGUUGCUGACAAAGGGGGUCUUUGAUGGACUUACAAGCUUGAAACAACUCACUGUUCGAAACAACUUAUGGUACUGUGACUGCAACAUUAAAUGGGUGAUUGAGUGGUUAAAAUCUUUGCCAGCGUCUAUAAAUGUACGUGGGUUUAUGUGUCAAAAGCCUGAAAGAGUACGAGGCAUGGUAAUCAGAGAGCUUAACCUGAAUCUCAUCACUUGCCCCAGCUCUACAACCUCGUCUCCACCAGUUACUCGUCCACCCACAGAGCCUUUUCCUUCAACUUUUGCUACCAACCCUACAUCUGCAUCUACUAUUAUGACUCCAGGCACUUUAGAUAGAAUCCCAACUUCACCUUCAUUUACAAUGUCCCCUCUGCCGGAAGGAGACAAUAAAGAGAGGACUAACCCUCCUCCACGGGAGCCAAUCCAAAUCAUUAUUAAUUUUGUAAAUGACACGUGCAUUAAAGUUAGCUGGAUGUCCAUCUUUUCAGUCACAGCAUACAAGGUCACUUGGGUUAAAAUGGGUCAAAGCUUGACAGGAGAUAUUGUGCAGGAGAAUGUGGUCAGUGGGAAAGGGAAGAGGCUAAGCCUUGUAAAUUUGAAGCCAAAAUCCACUUAUCGCAUUUGCAUAAUCCCUCUAGAUGCUUCUAAUAAUUACCGUCCUGGAGAUGAUACAGUAUGCUCUGAGGCUACCACUAUGCCUGCUACUUUUAACUCUAACAAUAAGGCCACUGGCCCUGAGCAUGCCACUCAGCAGGACCCAAGCUCUCCUUUUCUCCUAGCAGGAUUGAUAGGGGGAGCUGUGAUUGUUGUCCUUGUUUUCUUGCUGAGCAUAUUUUGCUGGCAUAUGCAUAAAAAAGGACGAUCUGAUUCUUCCAAGUGGAAAUACAACAGAGGACGAAGAAAAGAUGACUACUGCGAAGCAGGGACUAAAAAGGAUAAUUCCAUCCUUGAAAUGACUGAAACAAGCUUUCAGAUAGUCUCUUUAAAUAAUGAACAGCUCCUUAAAGGAGAUUUCAGAAUACAACCCAUCUAUACCCCAAAUGGGAGUAUUGGCUUCAGAGACUGCCACAUAGCAAACAGCUUAACAUAUUCCAAGGGCAAUGUUCCUGAUGAGGAAUGCUGCCACACAUGACAGAUUUUGGGAAGAAUAUUUGUAAUAAUAAUACUUUUGAUAUACAGUAUAUAUAUAUAUAUAUAUAUAUAUAUAUAUAUAUAUAUAUAUAUAUAUAUAUAUAUAUAUAUAUUUCCCAAGCCUGUCUACUGUGUAAUGUAUACUGUGGGCUAUGACACGGAAAGCUAUCUUUUCUAUUCCUUAGUAAAAUGCAAAUUGUUUUAUAAUUUGUUGGUUGAGUUGUAUUACUUAAGUACUAUACAGUUGUAUUUGUACAAUCAGACCUCCCCAGCUCCUUGUAAUAGUAGGUGAUCAGUUUUAGCUUCCGGUAAGUUUAAAAGAUAUGUUGCUUUGUUAACCACAGAAGCCCUGUAUGCCUUUAACCAGACAGAACAGGGUCCCAUUACAAAAAGCAAACAUGCAACGAUACAACAUUGUCUCUUCUGUAUAUUCUGUGUUAGUCACAAUCCUUCUUUUCUGUCAGUCUAUAUAACACCUAGCUACAGCCUUUACUUGAACUAAGUAAAGCACAUAUAUUUUCUUUCUGUAGAGACAUGUUUAUUACCACAUGUAUGUACAGUAUGUUAUAGUUUAAAAAAAAAAAAAUGAAAUUGCCCUUUUUCCAAAUGCUGAAACACUUACUAGUUGUAAUUUAACAUGGAUUUAUAAGAUCUAAAAAAUCAUAUAAACCAUUAUAAUAUUUUUUUGAUUUAUAUAUGAUUUAUGUUUCAAGACUUCUACUAGCACGGAGGCUAUUAGGAAUACAUACUUGAAGGUACCUUGUACUUGGUUAAGUAUUUUUCAUAACUACAUAUAUACCUAUAGUUCAAAUAAUAUUGCUUAUACAUAUAUGAUCCUGAGGCAUUGAAACAAGCACAGUCAUUGUAUUUGUGUACCUGCUAGAAUAGGAAUAGGAUAAAAAUGUACUCCUCCUAUGGCAAUGACGUCUUCAUGUUGUAUUGCCUUUUGCUGCAUGUACCACAACUCGAUAAUGUAAUAAGGGUAUUCCUUCAAUACCAGUAAGACGUUAUACAUGGCAACCAGUUCUUCUGUGGUAAUCAAAGGUUUAAAAAUGUUCCAAUCAAUUGUGACUUAAAGACCUUCAGAUGUCAAAAAGCUAGGAUUAACAAUCUCUUUGCCUGGCUCAUCGAAGCUUUCAGGGGACAAACCAGGGCUUGCAUUGGUCUCCAUCUUCAAUAGUUUCCUUCGAUUUACAAUGAGAAUUAUAAAGAUAUGUGUCAGUGGAGGUCAGAGAACAUGCAUUGUGUUUAUUUACAGAAUGUGAAAACAGAAAAAGUAUUCCAAAUGUUUUAAGAAUGUAUCUGAUGUCAAUUUUGUCUCCAUGUCUGUAGCUUUGGUUUAAUGUUACUUUUUAAGGAGUUUUAUAAAAUUAUAUUAUAACAUAAAAAUAGUCCAGUAAUAGUAGUUUAUUGUACUUGUUAAAAACAUGUAUUGAGGCUUCUGAUUAAGAUCAGUAGCACCAAACACAAUUUAAAUUCAAAAUUGGGAGUUUAAAAUCUGAAGUCCAAACGUCACUAACCAUAAGCACAAAAUCUACACUAAUACAUCCAAAUUAAAAAUACAUUGAAAAUUACAGUAAACAACACACCAUAUGAUUAGGAAGAAUGAAAGUGGCCCUGCUAUGGCUUACUGUAGGUAUAUGCUGGUUAUGACUUGUAUUAUGUUAUGUUUAUCAUAGUCUUCAUGUAUCAGACAAAAACUAGUGCUACUUUCUGCGAAAUUUUCAAAUGCAAAUUAUUUUUAGAUGUAUAUAAAUCAGAAAACAAAUAAAUGCUGUCAGUACAGUUUUUAUGUCUGAUCUAGGAAAAAAACAAUAAUGUGUUUGGGACAUCUCCUAAAUGCCUAUAUUCUUCUGUGGGUCUUUUAAACUGCCAACACACAGUUAAUACAAAUUAAAUCCAAACUAUUUUAAUACAAAUUGGAUACCCCAAUCAGAAAAUGAUUUAACUAUUCACCAAAUGUAGGAUGUUCUAUUUCUGUCAGUAAAUAUAAAUAUCACAGUCUAUGGAUCUGGUUCAUAAGAAAAACAAAUUAAGGAACCAAAGUUUUGUUCUCCUAUAAAACAAUUGUUGGUGUAUUAUGUAUGUGCCUUGAACUGAACUCACAGUGUUAUGUCUUUGAAACCUUGAAAUGUUUUUGCACAAAAUGUAUUUAGAAGUAAAGCAUUU